CACUUCUUUUCUUCAUCCAUCAACAACCGCGCCUGCUAUAACAACAAUCAUUUCCUUCACUCUCUCAACCUACUUUAUACCUUCUUCUACCUCGGCUUUAACUCAUCCCAACCUCGACACACGAAUAGAGAUCAUGGCUGUCAGUGAAGUCAAGCACCUAGCACAGGCACUCAGCGCGGAGUACAACACGCCCAACCCAGACCUCGCCAAGUGCGGACAAUAUCUUCAGCAGCUCAAGAUCGCCCUGAUUGAGUUGCAGUAUCUGACGCACGAGGACAGGCACAGUAACAUUGAGGAGCUCACUGUGGCACGCGACGUUCUCGAGAUUGGAGCACAGUGGAGUGUUCGCACAAAGGACAUUCCUUCGUUCGAGAGAUAUAUGGCUCAGCUCCAAACUUACUAUAAUGACUACACCGAGCUCCCUGCUUCCCCUCUGAAAUACAACUUGAUCGGCCUCAACUUGCUUUGCCUUCUGUCACAGAACAGGAUCUCUGACUUUCACACGGCACUGGAGAUGAUUGAUCCGGAACAGCUGCACAGCAACCCUGCGAUCCAGCAUCCCAUCAAGCUGGAACAAUCACUCAUGGAGGGCAGUUACAACAGAGUCUGGAGCUCAAGGUCGGAUGUCCCAUCAAAAGAGUAUCUCUUUUUCAUCGAUAUCCUGAUGGACACUAUUAGGAACGAGAUUGCAAGCUGCAGCGAAAAGGCUUACACCAGCCUGCCAUUGAAGGAUGCAGGAACUCUGCUGUUCUUUACAAACAUGGAGGAUAUCUUGAACUUUGCAAAAGAGAGAAACUGGAAGGUCAACCCCGUCGAGCAAAAGGCAUACUUCCACUCGGAUGCGGACGAGAAGACCAGCAUUCCAGCAGAGCAGAUCAUCAAGCAGACCAUGUUCUAUGCUAGAGAUAUGGAUCGCAUUGUCUAAGUGACCUCGCGUACGUUCUCUAUUCUCGAUUUGAUGCGGUAGCCUUGUAUCAACGGUCUUGUGUACGCGUGAGUCUUCUCGCAGCGCUUCAUCCAAAAUUGUCAAAUAAACACUUCACAGA